AUGUCUUUCCUACGGGUCAGAAGCUCUGCCUGCUUCCGAGUGGGCAGGCUCAGGGCGCCUGUGAACGCCCGCUUCAUUCAGAGUUCCUCUGAGGGUCCUUCUUCCGACAAGAAUAUCAAGACCAGCCCUGCCGAUGCGCCUACGACGCCCCCGAAGGAGAGCUCCUUGAUCCGAAAGGAGACUCCCGCGGAGGCAAUGGCUCGUCACCAGCCAGACUACGAUGCUACCAUCGACUUCUGCACAUCGAACUUCUCCCCCGUCCCUAAGCGCGUCAUGGAUGGCAGCGAGCCUGGCGAGUCCGUCGCUGCCGCUGUCUUGUCUGGUGCCCCGACGGAUCUGCAGGCCCGAACUGUGAGAAUCUACCGCCCUACCAAGCCAGCUACUCAGUCUGGCACAUGGCACAGCCACCACUGGCGCAUGGACUGGGAUGUUCUUGCCAAGGGCCACCGUUGGGAGAACCCUCUGAUGGGCUGGCAGUCGUCCGCCGAUUACAUGCAGGGCACCCACCUGAACUUCAAGAGCAAGGAGGAUGCCAUCCGGUUCGCCCAGAAGCAGGGAUACGAAUACUUUGUGCAGGAACCCCAGGAGCGAAAGUUCAAGCCCAAGUCCUAUGCGAACAACUACCUUCAUCAGCCGAAGAAGCUCAAGGUCGUCCACACCAAAUAG